AUGGCUGCCAUGCGGUAAGCUUUCAGUCAAAUAAGCAGCCUGGUCUUCCUCUGCUUAGCAUCCAGGCCUGUUAGUCAUUCAAGAUGGCGGAUGUUCGAGAGAGACUCGAAAGACGUAACGAAGAGCGAUUGGCAGCGAUCGAGAAACGUAAAGCUGACAAAGAAAGCAAAGAACAGCCAUCAGAAAAUGUAGAGUACAUCACAUCAACUUUUUCUAAAGAGAAGAGAGAAAUAGAUGAGCAGUUAUGCAAAAGUGCCACUUUAAUCGAAGCCGGGAAUAAAAUGAAGGCCGUUGAAUUCUUUGAUAUGCUGUCAGAGAAGUGCCAAAAACUUCAAAAAUUUGUGGCCGAUUCAGCAAUGUUUUUGCCUUCUCGUGACAUACAAGUCUUACAGGAGACCGUAAAGACUUUACAACAAGAUAUUAAUGAGAAGAGGGAAGAAUAUCUGCCCAAGAAAAAGUUUGCUUUCAAAGCGAGAAAGAAAGAGGCGCCAAACAAGGAUGGACCUGUCAUUCAAGAGACAAAGAACAAAGAGUUUCCUUUACCAGCAACAGAAAAAAAGCUUUUAGAUUCCGGUCUUGGUUUUCUAGGAGUAGCAGAUCAAACACUAACCAUGGAUCAAUCACAGGUGAAAAAUCAAGACAUCACUUUAAGAAAUCUUCAAAACUGCACAGUAAUAAUCUAUGGUGCACCAUCUGCAUUGCUUAUGAACAAACUGAUGGGAUGUACAAUCUUAUGUGGACCUGUGUCUGGAGCGGUAUUCAUUGAAGAUUGUGUGAAAUGUGAUUUUGUCUUUCCUUGUCAUCAGCUGCGAGUUCAUUGCACAACUGACAGCAAGUUUUAUCUUCAUGUCACCAGUAGGGCUAUUGUCGAGGACUGUUCCAAUGUAGGUUUUGCUCCUUUUAACUGGGAGUAUGAAAAUCUACAGAAUGAUUUUAAAUUGGCUGGUCUUGAUCCUUUAGAAAAUAACUGGUCUCUUGUCAAUGAUUUUAACUGGCUGAAAGCUGAUGUGCCUUCUCCCAAUUGGUUCAUAAUAAGUGAGGGUGAGCGCAUACAUAAGUGGAGCAUGUGAACAUGUUUGAGAAGCUUUUCAUAGCAUGAGCCCCAAAUGAAACUCACAUAUUCUUGUAAAAAAGAGAUCUUUCAUGGAAAGACUAGUUGGUCAAGUUUUUAGUUUACUUAACGAUACAAUAUAGUCGUUAUUGUAAAAUCUAAUGUUACCGGUAGUAGUUUUCGUCACAUGAAUUGAGAUUUCUGUGAGUGAAACACCUGGUAAUUAAAACUUUUAUAAGCCACAUGUGGGUAUCUA